CAUGUGUUAAUAAUAUUAAAACAUUUAGUGGUGAGAUUUUUUUAUAAUAUAAUGAAUUUCCUACUUUGUCUAUUAUGUUUAUCUAGUAUAUUUAAGGGCAGUGAUAAUGUGUAGCUUUAAUUUAAUGUUUAUUUUUCCAGCAAACGGGAAAAAGUAUGGAGAUUUAAAUAAUGCUAUCAUGUUAAUGAUUUGCAAGGAUACUUUACCGUUAAAUACAAUUGAAAAAGAAGGCUUCCAAUACCUGAUGAAAACAGCAGUGCCUUUAUAUAAACUUCCUUCACGACAGACAAUUACACAGAUGAUAGAUGACAAAUAUGACGUUCUUUCUUUGCAAUUCAGAGAAAAGCUCUUAGAAGUGGAGUCAAUAUGUUUAACUACGGAUAUCUGGACAGAUACACAUAGUACUAGAAGCUACAUGGGUUUAACUGGACAUUUCAUAAAUGAAAGUGAACAAUUAAGUAUUAAUUUUGGUGUGUCUCAUUUAACCGAGCCCCAUAAUGCUGAUUAUUUAAGUCAAAUGCUAUUAAAAAUGACUGAAAAAUGGGGCAUUUCUUCAGAAAAAGUCGCAGUUGUUGUUACUGAUAACGGUGCGAAUAUCGUCAAAGCCGUAACAAUCGCAUUUGGCAAACAAAAGCCCUUAUGGUGUUUCGCCCAUACCUUAAAUUUGGUAGCUCAAAAACCUUUUGACGAGAAAGGUGGUAUUGAAAAUACCAAACAGUUACUAAACAUUGUAAAAGACAUAACUAGAUAUUGUAAACAGAAUGUAAAUGUUGCUGAUGCUCUUCGUAAAGCGCAAAAUGAUGUGGCAGUACCACUCAAAUUGAUUCAAUCAGUUUGCACGCGAUGGAAUUCAAUUUACUAUCAGCUAGUUCCAUUUGUAAAGUUAUCAAAUCUACUUGCUCCAAUAUUACUUAACCAUCCGAAAGCUCCGCCAAUGUUAACAGCCAGUCAACUGGAUGGUAUUAGAGAUCUUAUAAAUAUUUUAAAACCCGUGGAAGCUGUGACAAAAGAAAUAUGUGUAGAAAAAUUUGUAACAUCAAGCAAAAUUAUACCAAUAGUAUCCUGUCUUUUAAAAACAUAUAGUGCUAUGAAGACCAAAACGGAUGUUGGCUCUGCAACUAAAAAUUUAAUAUUGGAAGAAUUAAGUAAGAGAUUCAGUACAGUGGAACAAGUUCAUAUGUUAGCUACCACGACACUACUGGAUCCGAGGUGCAAGAAAAUUCAUUUUUCUGACAGAUUAGCAUGCUCCAGAGUUAUUAAUAAAAUUAAUAAUAUGAUUGUUACAAACAACAAUUAUGUUGUUCAAAACAACAAUUAA